GUGUCUCAGGACCUGAAGUUCUCAUCGUUCAGCGGGCUUAUCUUUGCUCGCUUCAGCUCGUGCUCUUUCCGCCACCGGCGUAGUUUCGUUCUCUCUUGGCCGUAUUGAUCCAAGGUAUCCUGAUGUGCCCGCCGGGCGGCUCGCUUCUGCUCCAUAUACUCGCUCGCGAACCCCCGCGCACUUUCUCACACAUACUGAAUAGUGACGAAGCAAAAACGACCGCGAUGCGCUGCCUGCCGUUAUUCAGUUCUUUCCAGCCUGAGCCGAAAAGGGCAUUCAGCGGAUAUUUUCGCGGAGGAGGAGAACUAGUCGCCAGACACGCGCACGUAGAUUUCCGCUGCGGCACGUCGCAAAUUGCAUUUACCGUCCGUCUACGACGCAACCACCUGUGCAACGAAAUGCCAGAGUACGCAGCUGAUCUGUCGGCGAGUGAAACUCCAUAAAUUAUCGGACAAUUCUCUCCGACUCUGUGAUGUGGACGAUUCUUUUCUCUCGAGAACAUGACGCAUGCUGCAAGAUCGAGCACACAAGCAUUGGCCGUGAUCGUGACUUUCGGUAAGUGGGUUAAAGUUGCUCUGUGUAUAAAUGUAAUUUAUAGAAGCGAAAAGAAAUGUAGAAAGCAACACACGACGUUAUGUUUAUUAUCGCUGAAACUCGAUAUUUCCUUCGAUCGCGUCGUAUACAAUGAUAUAUACGCGAGCGCAACAAUAAUAUAAUGAAAUAGAGAAUACAAGCUGCUGCAUUAUUAUUAACUUUCGCCUCAUGAUAAUUUACACGAUAAGACCGUAGGCGAUGUUGGAGUUUGAAGACAGUAAUAGAUUCAUAUAUACCUACUAUUAUGCUAAAUAAAUUAUUAUACAUCAGCUAGCACAUUAUGUGCUGAUGAAUGAUAUUAUGUUAUAGUAAACGCUUUAAUGAAGCAUAUAUAUUCAAAUUUAUCUCUCUAUUUAUCUGCU